AUGGGCUAGAAAUGACACUACCGAAAGGAAGAAGCCAAGCAGAACUUAGUGAAUCGUAGUGGGGUUGCUCGUUAUUAAGUGAGACGUUUUUGUGGAUAGAAAUUAGUUGGAAUACGAGAGAGGAAUGGCGUCGCGUGAGAGUCACCAUCUACCUGGCUGCGAGUCUCUGGCAUGAUUAUGAAUCAAAUUUCGAUCAAGGGAUGGAAGGCUAUCUGCUGUUACUCACAGGGAUGGCAGAAGUGAGGCUUAGAGUUUGGGAGAGGAAAGGUCCAGGGGUGGACACAAGUGAAGUUAUGAAGGAAAUCAAAAUGCUUCCAGCUAAAGACUUUACUCUUUCGGUCCAUUACAUUAGGACCACGCUCCCAGAUUUUAUUGUUGAAGAGGUGUUUUUUGGUCAAGAAAGGGUAGAGAUGGCCGAUGAAGCAGCACUAAGGGUACCAGAUAGAGGGUACAAGGAACAGGUCAAGUGCAAGGUGGUGCGACAGGCGGAGAACAGCCUUAGCAAGCGCAACAGGCUCACGACAAUCAAAACCAAAAUCAGUUCCAAGGACAAAGACACGGGCAAGGACAGAGUAGAGGUAGGAGCGGAGGAAGAGGAAAUGGUCAAGGAGGAAGAAGGAAUGUCCAAGGUGGAAGAGGAUUUGGAGGAAGAGGACAUGGCGGAUAAGGAGGAGGCUGGGGCAAUCAAGGAAGCCCUCAGAGCGGCAAUGACACGAAAGGGAGGGGUGGCGGGGCCUUCCAGGCCAGCUUCUGGCAGGGAACGGAGACAGGGAUCACAGCGGGUAACCAGGGACACAGAUGGAAUGCCGAUCUACAAGAAGGGGGACAAUUUGAGGUUGUUCCUGAGGGAGUUCGAGGACCAUGCAUUCAGGAGGGAGUGGGACAUCCCAACCAUGCUGCUCAAAGUUAAUGGUGUGGGGGAGUGCCAAUUGAAGAUUGAGGAAAUCACCACCGACUGCCUGGGCUGGAUAACAUUUAAAACAGAGAUGUGGACCGAAUAUGGGGACUUGAGGAGCAACGAAAUCGAGGAGGACAUCAUCUUCGACGGGACUAAUAUGGAGGAUUUUGAGGAGAGUAUUGCUCUGUGUGCAGAAAUGAAAGGGUGGAAGGAAGAAGAGAAGUUGGAACAGAUGACUGUGAGUGGCUCCCUCCUUGAAGGAGGAGCCGAGGUAGCCGAGAAAUUUGAGGGAGCAGGAAGGAGCCAGAGAGGGAAUGACAAAGAUGGAAAGGUGGAGGCUUCGAUUAGAGAGCUCCAAGAAAGGGUAAUAGAGAAGGAGGAAUUACUCACUCAGGGAGUAGCAAGUCACAUCCCUGAAAUCCUGAGGGAGAUCCAGAGAUUGAGAAAAAGGGAAGAAAGCAGGGAUGCACAGGUGGAAAAGAUGGGAAAAGAAGUGGAAAGCAUGAGUGCUGAAAUGAACAAAGUAAGGGAAGAACAGCAAGAGCUUAAGAAGCAAGUGGAGUCGUUGAACAUUGCCCUGGGUAGUAAGAACAAGGAAGUGGAAAAAGAGAGGGUUGAGCGACAAAAGUUGGAGAAGGAGGUUGGCAAGCUGGAAGGGAGAGUCAAUAAUCAGGAAAAAGAGAUGGAGGCUCUCAAGAAGGUUAGUCAAGAAGGAGCAGCAUAGAUGCCUAUGAAAAUAGUUGAAUGGAACGACGGGCUUGGGUUUGAGAUCAGGAAUGUUACGGGAACACUUCAUGCCCCAGGACAA